UGUAGAGACCGGCAAAAACAAAGGAAAAGAGGUUCCCCGACAAACCCACCCAACACCAUGGCAGAGCCACCAGGAGAACAGCCUGAGGAGGGGGAGAAACCAGAGCAACUGAGCCCAGAGCCUCCCAGGCAGCCCAGCGUUCCCUCCAGUAGAUCCAUGCAAGGCCUCACACGGCUAUCCAGCAAUGUACUUGGCAGGCAGACCAGCUCUGAUCAACGCCCGGACCAGGAUGAACAGUCAAGCCAGAUUCCCUAUCAGCAAGCAAGAGGCAGCAUCUAUCAGCCCCAGCAGCCAAGGUUAAGUGUUUACGAUCAGCAAGAACCGAGAGGUGCCAUUUACCAACCUCAGCAGGCAAGAGGCAACCUUUUCCAAGCUAGGGGUGGUAUUCCGCAACCUCAGGACCAAAAGGGGGGCACCUCUCAGGAUUUUAUCGGCGGUGCAUCACAGCCACAAGAUCAAAGAGGCAGCGCCCAUCAACCAUAUCGGGUGCCUUCAGUCAGGAGCAGUCAGCAGCCGUAUGACCCGGCACACGGCCCUUACCAAGCUCAUGAGCCUGGAUUUGGCCUCUAUCAGCUUGAAGUUGGCCUUUAUGAGGAUCAGGUACCAGAUCCAGGGCCCAGAGAAUUGGCAAUUAAGAAUGCAAAAGCUUAUCUCCUGAAAACAAGCGUCAAAUCUGGUGUCAGCUUGUAUGACCAUUUUGCUGAUAUGUUAGCCAAAAUCCUGGAUGAGAGGCCUGAAAACCCAGCAGACAUCAUUGAGAAUAUCAGCAGAGAUGUAAAGUGGGCUCGUUUCCAGAAGAAAAUGGACACCCUCCGAGAUGAAUAUGAGAAAUUUCCAACAUAUGAGCUGGCUGAAAUGUAUAAGAAUCUAUUCCAGAAGGCUGGUGGAGAUGGGGCAGAACAAGAACUAGAAGAGGAAACACUAAUAACACCUCUACCCAAUGUAAUGGAGACAGCCUACUAUUUUGAACAAGCUGGAUUUGGUUUGAGCAUGGAAGAAUACUACCACAUAUUCCUGGCCCUAAAGCUACUGGUUACCACACAUCCAAUUCAGACAUGUCGCUUCUGGGGCAAGAUCCUAGGAAUAGAGGCAAACUAUAUUAUUGCUGAAGUCGAAUUCCGUGAGGGAGAGGAGGAAGAAGAGGCAGAGGAAGAAGAAAUACCUGAAGAAGGAUUAAAAGAAGGGAGUGAUAAGGAGGAGGAGGAUGAAGAAGAUGAAGAAAAAGAUGAGCCACCCAAGCCCAACUAUAAGCCUCCGCCAACAAUACCAAAAGAAGAGAAUCGGACUGGUACCAAUAAAUUCACCUAUUUUGUUUGCAAUGAACCAGGCAAACCCUGGGUGAGAUUACCUCCAGUGACACCUGCACAGAUUGUGAAUGCCAGGAAAAUCAAGAAGUUCUUCACUGGAAGGCUGGAUGCUCCCAUUGUGAGUUACCCACCUUUCCCAGGCAAUGAGUCCAAUUACCUGAGGGCCCAAAUUGCCCGCAUUUCAGCAGCUACCCAGAUCAGUCCGCUGGGAUUUUACCAGUUUGGAGAAGAAGAAGGAGAUGAAGAAGAAGAGGGAGGAGCAGGAAGAGAUUCGUAUGAAGAAAACCCCGACUUUGAACCCAUUUCUGUGGUAGAGUUGGUGGAUUCUCUUUCCAACUGGGUGCACCAUGUACUGAAUAUCCUAAUGCAGGGACGCUGUACGUGGGUUAAUCCCCUUCUAAAGGGGGAGGAAGAAGAGGAGGAGGACGAGGAAGAAGAGAAAGAAGAUCAAGAAGAGUCACAGCAAGAAGUAGGACCCCCACUUCUCAGUCCACUCUCUGAAGAUGCAGACAUUCAGAAUAUCCCUCCGUGGUCAUCUGAGGCCUCCUCAAACUUGGCUCCUCAAUAUGCCCUUGCAGUUCUUCAGGCUAACUUGUGGCCAGGAGCAUAUUCCUUUGCUAUUGGCAGGAGAUUUGAUAACAUCUACAUUGGUUGGGGUCAUAAAUACAGUCCAGAAAAUUACACUCCUGCAGUGCUACCCCCAGUGCAGACCGAGUACCCCAGUGGACCAGAAAUCACGGAAGCGACUGAUCCGACUGUGGAAGAAGAGCUCGCACUCAAGGCUGCCCAGGAGGAGGCUUUGGCUGCAGAAGAGAUGGAAGAGGAAGAGGAAGAAGAUGAAGAUGAGGAUGAUUAAACUGCAGAGUGUUAGAUACAUUGUAGUAUUUUUUCCAAGAAUUCAUUGACUUUUCUAUUAAUGUAUUAGAACAAGAGCA